UUUCAUCUAAGAAUUACAUUACACGAAAUGAUACAAACCGGUCAAUAUCCACGUGCUGCCCAAAUAGCAAAUCUAUAAGCCACAAUCUAAAAGUUAGUGUGUUAUUAUGAUGUAAAGUUAAGUGUUAUUGUGGAAUUGCAUUACUGCAAAGUUUUUGUAAAAAAGUUGUAUUAUUCAACAAUCUGGGUUAUGAACAAUUUACAGAUUUGCUAGUUGCAUUUUGUACACCACUCAAAGAGAUGAAUAUACAGGUGUAUCGUAAUGAAUAGGAACAAAUUAAUGAUCGUCAAUAUUCAAAACAACAAUGUCGGGGAAAACGAGGUACUGAACUACAAACACGUCUGCAUGGAAGCCAUUUAACUGAACUAAUUCCAGUGCAGUUUCAUUCCCUAAGUAACGCAUCUGCAUUAUCAGAAUUGAAAAAAAGUAUUGAGUGUUAAAGGAAGAUAUUUAAAAACAUCCGGUUCUACAGCAUUUACUUGGUUUGAGUCAUCCAACAAAAAAGCCUUUUUACACAAAAACAAUCGAUUGACAACGUUGAAUCCAUACAACCUUCCAACCACGUGUUUAAAAACUAGAAUAAACAGGAACCAUGCUAUACCCAGCAACAUACAUUGCAACGUGCCGGCCACUGCAGCUGCACCAUUGCAUUCAAUCUACAGUAAACUUGCAACAAAACCGGCUUCACGAAUAAAAUCGGACUGUCUUGAGGUUGUUCAACAACUAGAUAUUACUCGGGAGUCUCUAUGUGAUCAUAAUAGACCGAACAGUACGCGUUUGCAUUUUAAGGCAAGUAGUAUACAAACUAUAUUGAAAUAUUAUCAGAGUAACGGUAUUCUGUGGCACAUCAACUACAUACAGCGUUGCUUGUCAGUAGACCAAAAGAAACACAAUAUAUCUCUAGUAUCAGAUAUUGAACCAUUUUCAAUAUCAAAAACAUCAAAGUAGUAAUAUUUACCAGCAAGGUAAAACUAAAAAAAAUAUACUUCGAGUAUUAUGAACACAUUUUCGAUUGCAGUAAUAAACGAAGCAAAACGAGACAAGAUCAACGCAUUGUUAGAUGAUUUUCGUCAAAUAAAACUGGAACCGAGUAAUGAAUCUGAGCCGUCACGAUGUGCGCCAAAAAUCAUUCUUACGGACUUUUCCAGCAAUAAUAUAGAUCAUAUAAAAAAUAGUGAACAAUAUGUAAAGAACAAAUUAUUUGAAGACAAAUCGGAGACAAAUAAUAAUGACCAAGGAACAGACUUUUCCUCAAUUCAUUAUUGUGCUAAUGAAUGUGUUCGAAAGGAUAGCCGUAAAAGAAAUGUGAAUAGCAAUAACAGUGAGGGACAUAAUUUUCUUUCGAUUCCUGAGUUAUAUUACAGCGAAAAAAGUGUAUCUAAAUCGAACAUUUGUGAUUGCUACCGCAGUGAAGCUAGACCACCGUGACGUUGAAAAUUUUAACUUUGAAUACUUUGCGUAAGUAAGUGUAUCCAUAUGUGAUAAUAAAUGUGCGUAAAAUACUUCAUUCCCUCAGGAGAUCGUAUAGCAUGGUUUCAAUUAUGGAUGUAAAAUCGGAAAGACAGGCCUGUGAUAAUCGUGUAAUAGUAUCGCAAAGUGCGGUAAGCCAAAAGUCGAUUGAUCUAGAUAUCUCGCUUAGACCAAUCAUCUCACCGACAGAAGAUCGUGAUACAGGUAGUUUGGCGUCGAAUAAUCCAAAUACUAACGUGAAACAGUCACAGCAGCCUUGUUCAUCUUCAGUGUCAUCUAUAGCGACUGGAUCCGAUUCGUACAACCAUGAUAUUACCGAUACAGAUUUGGCAAAAAAAAGUAUGAAAUUAAAUUUGGUGAGCUCAUCUAAUAAUAAUAAGUUUGCAGAAAGCAGUAUUCAUCACGGAUCAAUCAAGGCAGAAUCUUCAGAUACCAGUGCAGGAGCUAGCACCAGUAGCGUUGUUACAACUACCACAGCUAUCAUCAUGAAGCAUCGCAAACUGAAAGACCGCUCGUUAAGCGAUGAAAUAGGAUCUCCUAAAUCACCUGCGGCAACAACAGGUAUGGGCAUCACUGAUUGCGCAUUAAUGUAUGCCCCUACAAUAUCACCAUCCAUUCAUUUAGAAGUAGUCGACGAUCGGAAAGCACUAAGAGAUGCUCUGUAUCAAGGAAUAUUUCAUCGACAUCGGCGAACUAUAUUUGCCGUGGGAAGCUUUCUACGCAUGUUGAAAAGUCGAAAUUCUUCAUACAAUACAAUCCGCAGUUCCUCCGAGGGAGAGGACGAUACAAAAUGAUCGAGCAUCAGAUAAAUUGUUAUCUAAAAAAUAUAGUAGGGAUUCGAUAAAUGUCUAGAUAGAAUUUUCUAGUCAUUACAUCUAAAAUAUAUGUCAUUUUAAAACAUUAUAAUUUAUAAACAUAAACCAAAAAUUUAAAGUUUAUCCCACCGAAACAAAUUUAGGUGUGUUAAAAAAUUGUAUUAAUCCAUUUAAUUAAUUUAUAAUAAUAUUACAUAAAUCAGAAUAUGCUCAAUUUAUCUCAUUAUUUUACAGCUUUAAAUAGUGUGUUAAUGAACUUUAUUUACAAAAUGGUGAAGAACAAGAGCUUUGUUCAUAGGAUCAUUUGCAAUCGAAUUAUUUAAUGGGUUGUUGAUACUCUACAGCUUUUUUUAACUCUAGAGCGAAUAAAACGACCAAUAUAACCCCGGUGAUACAUAACAUCAACAGUAACUAUCUGCCAUUAAAUGUUAAAUGAAAUGCGUAGAAUUUCUUUAUUUGGAUUACGCUUUUUUUUAUAUUUAUUGCAUAUAGACAUUUCUGGCAAUUAAGGUUAUCGUUAUACGAGAUCUAAUUUACACCUCUUUCAAAUAAAAUAAAAUUAUAUCAAUUUUAUGACAGAUAUAGUGUUAUAGCAUUUGUCAUAGCUUAAUAUUCAUAUUCUCUAUUCCUCGCUCGUUCCGUUCGUUGAAUUUUUAUUAAUUAUUCUGUACCUUUGCCACAACAAACCAUAGAUGGAGUUCACGUUUAUUUUAUCAAUUACUUCGUCAACAGCUAUGCACAUAAAAUAUUUAACAAUUAAAUAUUUUUUUGUGAUCCCGUUUAUAUGAUUUGACAAACUACGUCUUUUUCUUAUUCAUAGUUCAUAUCACUAUAUUAAAACAUAUAUAGCUAUCUACAUACACAUCAUCACAAAGUUUCUCGAGUUUUUAUUACUAUUCCCAGGGGUUUGAAAAUUUUCCCAACAAAAUGUUUCUGUUCUUGAAAUUAAUGGCUUGAUAACUGUUCUGGCACGGAAUUAUAAAUUUAAUUAUGUUGGACGGAGAAAUUGUUAAAACAGUGUAUAGUGCUAUUUUUAAAGUAGUUUAUCAGAUGAUUUGAAAGCAAUGUGCUAGAUAAUUUAUUCAUUCAAUUCAAAACAGGCAUCGCAUGGUUUAAUAUUGCCAUCGAUUAAUAUUCAUAAUAUUUAUCCAAAGGUUUACUGCCAAUUGAAACAAUCAUGUUGAAGCGAGCAAAGUUAACAAGGAAAUGAGUAGAAUUUUAUUACUAAACCACUAAUACAACCAAUGAACGAAAAAAAAGUAAGGACUGAUAUGUUGGUUAAAGCUUUUAGGUCACUCGUAGGAUGAAGUAAAACAUGCGUAAAACAAGUCCUUUGAACAUUAGAUAAUAGAAAAAACCCCAUUUUCAAAUCAUUCCAAUAUUAGUGAGAGAAAAUAAAUAUUAGCUAAUACCCGCCCCAUAGUAUUGAGUAUUGACGCUCUGUUCAAAAUGUUGUGCAAAAAAGCGAACAAAAAAGAUGGCCAGGCAUGGCCCGGUGUUCCAGAAUUUUAUACAAAGAUCCAUCAAGCGAAUAACAAUGGCUAAGUCGAAACGGAAAAAGUAGAGUAUAACAACCAUAUAUUUUCCGGAAUGAAAUAAUUGAACGCAUUUUUAAAUGAUAUCCAAAGAGCUGCAGUUUUAAACUUAGCAAAACGAAAAAUCAGAUACGAUAUUACUAAGGUAUUCAUUUCAUCCAUAUACUUACAAUGAGAUAACAGUGUAGAAAACUGCAUGUAUAGAUUUGUGAAUAAAAGCACGAUGAUGAAAAUGUAGUUAGCGAAAAACUGUUAUACAAAAAAUAAAAUACACACAUGCAUUAUUGAUCCUAUUACCAUGAGAACUAAAGAUGAGUGUUGUGUUAAGGUAUAACUUUUUUUAUUUAUUUCGAGCAAAUAUUAUCUUUACGAAUUACAGUCUUUCCCAGAGAUACGUGACACUCGAGCUACGCGAGUUUUUAAUUUUGACUUAUUUACGAUAUACGUGUACAAUUUUCUCUAACGAUUCUCAAAUGUAAAAAUAAAUUGCUUUUUUACUCAAAGUUUGAAAGUACUGUAACGACAGAGAUAACAAAAUUUUCUACAUGAUUUGUAUUCAAUUAGAAAUUAAUUAACACAUUUAAGUAAUAACAUUAAUAAAUUUUAUAAUGUAUUUAUCAGCCAUAUUUUGUCUGAAAAAAACGUGAUGUUGAAUUACACAAAAAAAAGAGUUUCGUGAAUGUUUGAGGAACACAUUAUUCGCUCAAUUCGGGGAAUGGCUGUAUUACAAACAAUUGGCAUAACGUUGGCACUUCUGAUGCUAAUUCUUAGUAAUGUAUCAGAAUGAUCAAAAAUUUAUUACAGGUAUACAUACUCUUCCUGUACAAUUUAUGAACUAAUGGAGAGACGGUGGCUUGAUGGUAUGAGUGAGUAUGUUAUUGUUGAGCAACAUGCAUUUGCACUACUUUGUGGUGUGGUAAACUGCUGAAUGUGUUCUAUAACUGUCCUGAACUUAUUUUGAUGCUAAAAGAAGGUAAAAUCUUGACUUCAAUCGUCGCUCGCAGAUGGUAUGUUGUUAUGUUGGUGAAACGGUACAGUAUAAAAGCAUCCUUCGACCUGUCAAAGGAUUUAUUUGACGUUAUUUGACGUUCUACUGUUUUUACACGGACAUUCGAAAUACGCGGUGCUGGCAAAAAUUUGCUACAAUCGUACAACGAUAAUGAUGUGACAUUCAUAUCAAAAACCUUGAUUGGAUUUUUUUUCAAUUGAAUUAAUGGUAUUGCCGCUUGGCCUCCGUCGUGCACCGAUCUUUGCGGCUGGUCCUGGCGAUGCCGUCGGCUUCUGUGCGGCAAAUGUUUGUCCUCUACCUUCCCGUGUUGUCGAAAGGGAUGGACGAAGUGAAGCCGCCGACCACGGAGACCUCCCGCAGUGUCUUCAGCGACAGAGAUUAGCGCCUUACAGCUGCUUUCCAGCUAGCUUGCAGGGGCCUAUGCGGACGUAAGAGGAAUCCUGCCAAUGUCUAACACCUUGGUCAGAUGACACGAGGUGACAAGACGGGUAGAACAGGAGAAGAUGGUGAACACGCCUUAUCGCCAAGUAGUGUCCAGUCGAGAUAACCUUGGGUAAGGUCUCGAAGGGAGUACGAAGCAUGCGUGGAUUGAAUCUACUUUCGGAAUCGGAAAUAAAUCGCUUGCACAUAUUUCUCCUUUUUUGCUACUGAUUAUUUUAUUUCAUCGAACUGAUUGCAAUCGAUAACGAGGUUUUUCUGGGAAAAUAUAAUAUUUACAUCCUUAACUGAAGUCCUUUUCUAUGAUUUCUAAGAUUCGUGUGCGCAACUUCUCCGACUUGCGCAUGCCACCGCGCAGCGCUUUUAAAAGCAUUCUGCUUUGAACCGGUUUUUAAUUGUUUAAUUGUGUAUUACUCGUUCAAUGGAUAACAAUGGAUCCGUGUGAAUGUUCUUAAGUCUAAUAUUAGUUUAAAAUAAGUAGUAAGAUCAUCUCAAUAAUUCGCUUCUAAGGCAGUUUUUAAAGGAUUGCACUGAGGUUCCAAAAUCAAACAAAUGACGAACUUCGUUAAACACCCUAAUCAUGGAGUCGAGGGGAUCUCUAGAUCCAUAUCCAGUUCGACUACGGUUCAGGGCAAGUAACGGACGUGAGCGAAGCUGAACAGCAGGCGCGUAAAAGUUUAACUGCUGAAGUAGGGAUGGGCAGUCGAUGUUACUUUGCAGUAAACCAGCCACAAAUAGUUGUUGUGUGGUACGGCGUCGGAUGUGGAGCGGAAGCAGUCCGAGGAGCAGAAGUCGCGUUUCAUAAGGUGGUAACUGACUGCCAGGUGGCCAAGGUAACAAGCGUGUUGCGUAUCGGGAUAAGGGACGCUGUAUCGAUUCCAUUCUCUCAGAAAGUCUUUGGGUUGAGGGCUUCCAGACGACACAGGCGUAUUCGAGUACCGGGCGGAUAAUACCACAGUAUAACGCUUUGAUGCAGA